AUUAUUGUAUACGGUCUUCUUCUACUCGCGAUUCAUUUUUUCGUGCACUUUACAUCUAAAGUUCAAACCGUGAACAUAUCUAAUUUUCUUUAGUGAGUUUUCAAUACCUCAACAAUUUAUUUUCUGAAUAAAGAGCUAUUUAUUAAAUAACCAAGUAAAUUAAGAUUCCAAACGAUUUUUUUUUAUCAUGGAUCAUUGGCCAAAAGAUGUCGGAAUACGCGCUAUUCAUUUUGUCAUACCGUCGUUGUACGUCGAUCAAACUGAUUUGGAACAAUACGAUCAAGUGUCCGAAGGAAAAUACACUGUUGGUUUGGGACAAAAGCAAAUGGGUUUUUGCACAGACCUCGAAGACGUGAACUCGCUGUGCCUGACGGCAGUCAGUCAGCUAAUAGAAAACAACGGUAUCAGCUAUUUGGACAUAGGUCGCUUGGAGGUGGGCACCGAGACCAUAAUCGAUAAGUCUAAAAGCGUGAAAACAGUAUUGAUGAAACUGUUUGAGCCCAGUGGCAAUUUCCAGGUCGAGGGUAUCGACACGACGAACGCCUGUUACGGUGGGACGGCGGCCUUGUUCAACGCGCUGUCGUGGAUGGAGUCGAGCGCGUGGGAUGGUAGGCUGGCUGUGGUCGUUGCGGCUGACAUCGCUAUCUAUGCCAAAGGCAACGCGCGACCGACGGGCGGCGCCGGUGCAGUCGCGAUGUUGAUAGGACCGAACGCUUCUUUGGUGAUCGAGAGGGGCCUCCGAGGCACGUACAUGAACCACGCGUACGAUUUCUUCAAGCCCGACCUGACGUCCGAGUACCCAGUGGUGGACGGUAAACUGUCCAUCGAGUGUUACCUGAACGCCCUGGACCAGUGCUACAAGUCCUACCUGAGCAAGUGCGGUGGCGGCGGCGCCAACGUUGACCUGAACGAGUUCGAUUCGUUCGUGUUCCACACGCCGUACUGUAAACUGGUGCAGAAAUCCCUUGCCCGGCUGUACCUGAAUGAUUUCGUGAACAGCGACACGAAGGAUGAGGACUAUCCGGGCCUGGGACAAUACAAGGACGUGCACCUGCCUACCACGUUUUUCGACCGGGACAUUGAGAAGACGUUUAUGGAGCGCAGCAAGACCAUUUACGAGGACAAGACCAAGCCGUCGUUGUUGCUGGCGUCACGCGUGGGCAACAUGUACACGGCAUCUGUGUACAGUGGGCUGGUCUCGUAUCUGGUGUCGUUGCCGCCAGAACACCUACCCGGCAAGAAGAUUGGCGUGUUCUCUUACGGUUCCGGUUUGGCGUCGUCUAUGUACUCGAUCAGGAUUGUCGACAACGGUUUGCCGAGUCUGAUCGCCAAUCUGAAGAAGGGCAUCGACCGCCUGGAGGAACGGAUACGCCUCACUCCCGAACAGUUCACGGAAGUGUUGGAAGUCCGGCAAAAGUCUUUGCACCAAGCGCCCUACAUACCUGUCAGCAACAAGGACCAACUGUUCCCUGGCACGUGGUACUUGUCCUGUAUCGACGAAAUGCACAGACGAUAUUACGAGAGAAAAGAAUAGGGUGUGACCGCUGCGUCGUCGUAUAAAACGUCUAAAUAGCUAUAUAAUAUAAUGCGUAUUUAUAUUCCCUCGGUGAAAAUGUAUUAUCUAUCGGUGGCCGAUAAAUAAAUUGUGUCAGUCCCUGCAGUACAUCAAGCGAAUAAUGAUUAGUGUUGGUAUUUUUUAAAAUGCAUUGUUAAUUUUAAGCAAAAAUCUUUGUACUUGUUUAGAUAUCGUAUUGGUUUAUAUUUUUUUUUAUGCAUAAUAUGCGUGUAUAUAUUAUAUAUUAUAGAGGAGUUAUGUAUUUAUUUUGCAUUAAUAUGGUAGUUCCCAUUAAUAUUAUACUCUUGGUGUGUGGGUUUUAUUGACAAUAAUUAUAAUAAUAUUAAGUCGUUAUUGAAGUGGUGCUUCAUAUUGUUCUUUUUUUUUGAAUUAUAGACAUGACAAUUCAAUAUUUUUUUUAUAUUGUAAAUCAUACCUUAUUUAAAAUAUUAUUCACCGGUUUAAAAAUUAAACGAAUUUAUAUAUUUAAAUCAAAAUAUUAAAUAAAUUUAUUUUAGCGGGCAACA